AUGCCGAGCGCGGGGAGCGAGGCGACAGAAGCGCAGAGUGGCGUUUCCACGGGGAAUCUGGGCCACUUGCCAUGGCAACAGAUACCCAAAUUUGUCCCUGGCACCACCAAUGUCGAUGAGUACGUCUCUCGCAUGAAAUUCCUGAAAGAACUGUGGCCAGAAGACCAGCUCCAUCUCUUGGGGCCAAGGGCAGCUUUGCAGGUGGAAGGGUCUGCUUUUCAGAAAAUCAGCAGACUGUCCCCGGAGAAGCUCAGGCAGCCAGAUGGAGUGAAGAUUCUGGUGGAGACCUUAGGUGGAUCCUGGGGUCGAACAGCCAUGGAAGAGAAGUAUCACUACUUCGAGCAAGCAAUCUUUCAGGUGAUGCAGCGAAAUGAUGAGACCAACGACUCCUAUGUGUCCCGGCACGACGCUUACUUUGAGGAACUGCUGGCCCGCGGAGUUACCAUCGAGCAGGUGCGAGCUUAUGUGCUGCUUCGGCACUCACAACUGGCGCCGGACGAUAAGAAGAGAGUGGUGGUUGAGUCCCAGGGGGACCUUAAGUACAACGAGACGGUGAAGGCCAUCCGCCUCCUGGGCUCCAAGUUCUUCGGGGAGUUGCAGGCAAAGAACAGCACAAGUCAAGGACGCAUGGCCGAGAGAAACCGAGUGUACGACGUGAACUUCACGGAAGAAGACGGCCAGGACGAGACCUACUACAGCGCCACGCAGGACGAAGAGCCAGACGACGAGGACCUUCUCUGCUACUUCUUGGAGCAGAACGACCCAGAUGCCGUGUACAUCACCGAGUUUGAGGAUUCGAUUGUCGACGCGAUCCAAGAGUCAGACCUUGCACCGGUGUACAUUUCGUAUCAAGAAGCAAGACAAAAGUUGCGUGACAAAGCGAAGGCCAGAGGAUUUUGGGGUCCUUCCAAAGGCCGGGGCAAGAGCAAGCACUCUGGAAAGAAGGGCAAAGGCGGAUCCAUCUCGGUGAGCUCAUCGUGGGGCAUGGGCCGCAACAGGUCCCUAGCGGAUGCCGCCUACUACAUGGACAGCGACGAGAGCCGGAUGGAGGACGACCGAGAUGAGGACUUCUCUGGCAUGA